GUCUUAUUUUGCCUUUGACGAGAAAAAAAAGACUAUUUUUUUUUUGUUUUCAUUUUAUUAAUUUCGAGGAGUGGUAUCUGAGGUAGUAAACAUACUUAGCCAGCCAAUUACCCCAAAUAUCAUACAACCUCAAACAUACAUACCCAUAACGCAAUAUAGUAUAUAAUUUUUCACUUAGAUUAUUGUACAAAAGAGUUUGGAGGAUAAAAGAGAAAGGAAAAAAUACAACAGGAAGAAGAAAGAAAAAAGAUGUCUUUCACUGGAACUCUUGAUAAGUGCAAAGCCUGUGACAAGACUGUUUAUGUUGUUGAUCUCUUGUCUCUUGAAGGAGUGCCAUAUCACAAAUCCUGCUUCAAAUGCAGCCAUUGCAAAGGCACUUUGCAGAUGAGCAAUUACUCCUCUAUGGAUGGAGUGUUGUUCUGCAAGACUCAUUUUGAGCAACUUUUCAAGGAGUCUGGAAAUUUCAGCAAGAAUUUUCAAAGUGGUAAGAGAGAGAGUACUCCUCCUGUCAUUUUCAUUAUCCAUUAUUUGUUAUCUUCUAUGUCUUCUAUGUUCUCUGGAACUUUGGACAAAUGCUCGGCCUGUACCAAAACUGUUUACCCACUUGAGAAGGUGACAAUGGAAGCUGAGUGUUACCACAAGACAUGUUUUAGGUGUGCCAUAGGAGGUUGCCACUUGACACACUCAUCAUAUGCUGCCCUUGAUGGUGUCCUCUAUUGCAAGCACCAUUUUGCUCAGCUGUUCCUAGAGAAGGGAAACUACAACCAUAUCCUCCAAGCUGCUUCUCACAAGAGAUCUGCCUCUACUCCCCCACCGGAGGCUGUUGAGGGCGAAGCAGAGGAGGCCACCGCCGGAGAUGGAACAACUAAUCAAGAAGGAGAAGACAAUAAUGGCAAAUGAGGAACAAACCAUUAGAUUUUAUACUAUACCCGCCCACCCACCCACACAUAAAUAUAUUUAUAGUACCACAUUAAAAUACAAAAACAUACACUCAUGGUUCCUAAACUCUAUACUCAGAUCUUAUGAAGAGUUCUUUGAGGUUCCACUCUUUAUAUUACCGGUUGUUGGCUUCAUUCAUCAUCACCUUGACCAGCAAUCCACUCACCCAUCAAAUUCAUUAUCCUUCAAAAUAUAUUUGUUUUCUUCUUCUACUAUUUUUCUUCUUUUUAAUU